AUGUGCCGGCCAUGGCUCAUCACUCACCCUUGGUCUUUCAUUCUCACUCUCACGCUCCUUUUCUUGUCCUGCAUUGUCCAUUUUUCCUACAGUCAUUACAGUAAAUCCCCGUUCGGCACCACUUUCUCACCAUGUUCUUCACUAAAUCUACGCUCUUCACCGCCCUGGCCUCCCUAUCAUGUCUGGCCAGCAGUGGUGGCUCCCUCCAUCAAAUCCUGUCAGCAGACCCUGGUCGUCCAUUCUUUCGCCAAUUCUUACGGCGCUCCAUACGUAGGAACGUACAACCCACCGCCUUGCGAUUUCAACUCUGUUACCUGGAACUUGACGACGCAGACGAGCGGUAUCCAGUAUGACCGCAUGGGUGUUGUCUCAUUCGGCAACAUUGAGCUCUACCGUACUACCACCAUUGAGCCAGAUAUCAACGUCACCCAGUACACGUAUCUGAAGGACAUGAGUCCGUUCUUGCCUCUUUUCCACUCAGAGCAAACGAUCAUCUUCGACCUACCCAACAUUAUCGACCCAUCAAUCAACAUCACAGGCGAUUACAACGUCACCCUGACCGCGACAUACUUCACUGUAGAGACCUCCUACGUCCCCGCCGACAAGAUCUUCUCCAUCUCUCAGGAUCUAGGCGCAGAAGGCCAAUCUAGCUACUUCACGUUCCCCCAACAGAAUGCUUCCAGCUCCCUCACUCUGCCACGCAACAUCAAAAAGGCCAUCUACACCAUCACCGCCACCGGCCAAGCCGAGGAGGAGUUCUGGUGGUCCAACUUCUUGAACAACGAAGUCAACACCUUCCCCGACGACCCCUCCUACGGCUUCUCCCCAUUCCGUGAAGUCGAGCUCUACAUUGACGGAAGACUCGCCGGCGUCUCCUGGCCGUUCUCCAUCAUCUUCUCCGGUGGCGUCGAUCCCGCGCUGUGGUCACCCAUCGGCGGCAUCGACAUUCUCGACUUGAAGGAGUAUGAGAUCGACAUUACUCCGUGGCUCCCAUUGCUCUGCGACGGCAAGCCCCACACUUUCGACAUGGUGGUGUCAGGUCUCAACAACACCGGCACCAGCGGCAAAGCCACGCUCUCCGAAACCGUGAUGGACGACUGGUUCCUCGGGGGCAAGAUCUUCGUGUGGAGCGACAAAGCAGGGCACAUCACGACCGGCUCCGGCCCUCAUAUCACCGAGCCCGCACCCACCCUUGACUUCUCCUCGAGCUUCAAAACCAACCGCACGGGCGCCAACACCUCUCUCACCUUCGACGUCGAAGCCCAGCGCCACCUCAACUACCACUCCAUCAUCAAACUUUCCACCGGCACGGAGAAAGUGUCGUGGUCGCAGAAACUCAACUACUCCGCCAACGCCCUCAUCACGCAAGCAGGCAACAUUGAAAAACUCAACAUCGUCACCACCGGCUACGAGUCUUCAUCGAGCGGCUACGCGCGUAACUUCGGCUACCCCUUCUACUUCAAAGCCACCGAGACCAUCAUCCAAUUCCUACGAGGCAAGGACGUCACAAUCCUAGGCCAACCCGUCUUCCCCACUGGUUUGGAGACUUUCUUCUCCAACACAACUGGCAAAGGCUCGUCGGCGGAAAUCGAGCAGAGCGCCAUCAAUAACAACGGGAGCGUGUCGACUUCCACCUCGUUGACCUUCUCUGCGCUCGAGUUUGGCAACAGCCCGGGCGGAUAUGGUUGGCCGUCGUACGCGAGUAUGCCGGCAAUUGCAUCGAACCAGACGCUCUUCACGCAGCAUGCUACUGCUUCUCAAGGCGUGCUUGUUUCUGACCAGACGGAAUUUUUGGUGAAGCCUCAGAUUGAGUUGUAGGGACUAGUAUAUGAACCACUUGUGAAUGCUAUGAACUGUUAAGAAACGAU